GUGUAGAACACUUCCUGGUUUGAAAUAGAUACACCACCUUCACAUAAUUUUCUGGAUGUGUUGUUUUACUAAUAAACUAAAAAAUUACAAAAGUCAUUACUAAAUACGUGUGUACAAAAUGUCGAUUUCGUUUCCCCAGUCAGUUGCAUAUAUUUACAGCGAUUCUCUCAUAAAACAAUGCGAUAUUUUACCAACAAUGUUAAACAGAGCGUCAAUUGUCCACAAUCUGAUCGAAUCCUACGGAUUAAUCGACAAGGAUAACCUGUCAUUAGUUUUAAGCCAGGAAGCGACAGAAGAUGAACUGAAGCUGUUCCAUUCAACAAGUUAUAUAGAAUUUUUAAAAAAAGUGAAUAACAUGCUGGACUUUGAUGAAGUCUAUGAUGAACAAGACGAAUACGGUUUAGGUUACGAUUGCCCCAUUUUGCCACAUAAUUAUGACUUUAUUAAAACAAUUGCUGGUGGUUCUUUAACGGGUGCGAAAUUGUUAAACCAAAAGUUAUAUAGGAUUGUUGUUAAUUGGUUUGGAGGUUGGCAUCAUGCUCAGAGAGAUGAAGCUGAAGGAUUUUGCUAUGUGAAUGAUGUUGUUAUAGCAAUCCAGGAACUGACUAAAACUUUCAACAAGAUUUUAUAUUUAGACCUGGAUGUUCAUCAUGGAAAUGGAGUUCAAAACGCUUUCGAGUAUAGCAACAAGAUUUUAACGCUUUCGUUUCACGAAUUUUCGCCAGGAUUUUAUCCAGGAAGCGGAAGCAUAGACGAAGUCGGUUCAAAGAAUGGAAAGUAUUACACAAUCAACGUACCGUUUGUGAAUAUGAUUUCAGAUAAGAAUUAUAUAAAAUUGUUUGAUGCUAUUUUUCCAAAGAUAGUAGAGUGUUUUAAACCAGAAUGUCUGGUUGUACAAUGCGGUGCCGAUGGUUUGUAUGGAGACCCAAUAGGCAAGAAUAAUUUAACAUUAUAUAGUUAUGGACAUUGCAUUAAAAGAGUUUUACAGUGUAAUUUACCGACAUUGUAUCUUGGAGGAGGUGGUUACAAUUUUCCAAAUACAGCCAGACUUUGGGCUUAUCUCACUUCACUAAUUUUAAAGACUGAGUUGGAAGACGAUAUACCUGAUGAUUGUCAAUACUUCACCAAAUUUGGGCCCACAUUUGAAUUACACCUAGACCCAUCUUUCCAAAAGGACAAAAAUGAAGGAUCCUAUAUUGAUACUGUGAUAGACAAGAUAUUGUCAUACUGUGAAUAUAUUGUAUAAGUUCAAUUAAUU